CUUAAUCGCAAAAAUCGUAGCAUUCUUAUCGGAAGAGCCUUUAGUCUCAACUCCAAGCUUUAAUAAGUUUCGUGCUGUGUCUAAGAUAGACAUACCUGCUACGACGGAACUCGCAGCUAGAUAUGAAUGCGAAUGGAACACCAUUCGCAUGGAAGACGAGAAAAACUUUCGAAAUGCAGCAAUUGCAGAUGAAUUAAUUCAGAAAAUACUCAAAACAUGUGAAAAUCAUUAUGAAGCAUGCGAAUUAGUCAAGUCAGAAUCUAAUCAGUUACCCAGAGUAAAGGAAAUGAUCGAAGAGAUGGCAGUUUCUGCCGUUUCUCUAAAAGGAAAGUUAACGGAGUUGGAGAAAAUGAUUGAUGAAUUUGCAAAAGGCAACGAAGAGCUAGA